AAGGCGGCAGUAGCUCAGUUGUCCACUGUCCAAGCAGGAGCUGAAGCAGCAUCACUUGAGUGCAGGUGGAGACAUGGCGCAUCUGUAUUGCUGGGGGGACAGCUCCAGUGGACAGUUCGGUCCACAGCGAGCUCUCAGGCCAGAGACCUGGAAUCUGCCCUGGGACAUAACGGACAUAUGUAGCGGGGAACGACACACACUAUUCCUCAGCAGUGAUGGUUCCCUUUUCUCAUUUGGGCACAACGCUCAUGGACAACUUGGACGAAAACAACCUGGACGAAAGAAAUGUAAAGAUGAAGACAAGCCAGGUCGAGUGGAGGGGCUGGGUGAAGUGUUGACGAUGGCGUGUGGUCAGGACCACUGUCUGGUUCUGUGUGCCUCUGGAAAAGUGUUCUCUUGGGGAGCGGCAGAAAAUGGACAACUGGGGCUCACACCGACUUCACAGCAGGACAUUUUCAGACCAAGUCGGGUGCCCAUACCACUGCCAGUACCAGUGAUUCAAGUUGCCUGUGGAAACGCUUACUCUAUGGCACUGACCAAAGGAGGAGAUGUUCUCUCGUGGGGUUUGAACAGUCACGGUCAGCUGGGUUUGGGGAAGGAGGUGGCACUGCAGUACACACCUGUCUUGGUGUGCGCUCUGACUGGCAUUGCAGUGACCCAGAUUGUAGCCGGAGGGAGCCACUCUCUGUUCCUCACACUCUCAGGCUUGGUGUACUGCUGUGGAGCCAAUAAAUGUGGCCAGCUGGGCCUCAACAGGCUGGAUGAGAAGGGCAGGUUUAACAUCCGUGUGGUGCCUGCUCUCAGACCUCUGAGCAUCUCCUCCAUGAGCUGUGGAGAGUCCCACUCUGCUGUGUUAACAAAGGACGGUGACGUGUUCACUUUUGGAGACGGAAGCCACGGUCAGCUCGGUCACAGCUCGUCUGCUAAUGAAGUGAGACCCAGGCUGGUCGAUGGCUUAAAUGGACCUGCUUCACAGAUUUCAUGUGGCCGGAAUCACACUCUGGUUUUGGCCUCCUCUGGACAACUGUGGGCGUUUGGCAACGGAGUUAAAGGUCAACUUGGGACAGGACGACAGGAGGACAGUCUGAGUCCAACUCUGGUUCAACUGCCAUGGACUGUGGACAGUGGAGCAGCUAUACCCAGUGACUUGAGAGUAUCAGCUGGGUGGAAUACAAACUUCACUUAUAUUUCACCUGCACAGAGUUUGGAUCAUGGAUCACAGAUAACAGGACGACUGGACGAGGAGAGACUGCAAAGAUGGCUGUUGAGCCGUGGCAAUGCAGAGGAAAUAACCAGAGAAAUAUCUUCCAUGUUUAUGACAAGUUCAAGUCUUGUGGCAAGUUUUACCAAAGCCGACGUGUCAACAGAAGCAGAUGCCCUCACUGUGGACCUUGAGGCUGCCAGCAAAGCUUUUGACCGGAUGUGGGAAAAACCGUGGAUCGGAUUAUCAGUGAACCCUGACUUGUUGAUUAAUUUGCUUGUCAACUCAACGCAUGUCCUCAAGUCUCCUGAGGUCCUGCUCAUCCUGCUGACAUGUCCCCUCCUCCAAGUGGAAUCCUGUGUCCUCAGAAGGGUGUUGCCUGUGUCCUUCGUUAUUGCAAGUCUGAAUGAGACGCUUCAGGAAACUCUAAGAGGCUGGUGGUCUUCACUGACUCCCUCCAUGCUGGUGAAGCACAUCACGGUCUUCAAAAAUGCCCUGUCCUUCAUAUUGAAGAACGGUUUGGUGACAACUCACAACAGACAAGUCAAACACCUGCAGGAGGUCCUCAGACUACUUUUCAAGGCCAACAAAGCUGGAAAGUCAUACAAAGUCCCACUGAGCACAUUUUAUGUCAAGGAACUUUGUGAUAAAGUGGCCCUAGGACAAGACGUCCUUCUUUGGUGGCACUUUGCCAGAAUGGAGGAUGACAUUAACACACCAGCCAUUUUCUGCCGUUACCCGUUCUUGUUUCCUCUGGAGAGCAAGGUGGCGCUCUUUGACAUCUAUGCAUUAAGGGAACUUGGCCGUAGCAUUGAAGAAUGGAUUUCUUUAGUGGGCAAUGAAAAGGUAGUUGAUGUAAACUCUCCCCCAGCCCCAGUCUUACUGCUGACGCUGAGACGAAGUCACCUCGUCGAGGACACCUUCAGACAGCUGAGCGCCGCUGACCACAGCGCCUUCAGAAAGGAACUUCGGGUGCAGUUUGUGGAUGACAGACACGUGAUGAAUGUCAACAAAAGGGACCUUUUCCUGUACGUGUUGGAUGAACUUAUGGCUCCAGAGUCUGAAAUGUUCAUGGACAACGACGACAAGACUCUGUUCUGGUUCCCUCCCAGGCCCAAAGUGGAGGAGAAUAAAUAUUUCCUGUUUGGCGUUCUCUGUGGCCUGGCGCUGUACAACAACAUCACUGUCCACCUGCGCUUCCCUCUGGUUCUGUUCAAGAAGCUGGUCAGGGUCAAACCCUCAGUGGACGACAUGAAGGAGUUUGACCCUGUCUUAUCAGACUCUUGGCGGUGGAUGUUGGACUACCCUCCUGAUAAAGUCGAUGAAAUGGAGGCUAUUUUUACAGUGCCCUGGGGCGGAGAGACAGUCGAGCUUGAUCCAGAUCAACCUGGAAAACUGGUCACAGUGACAAACAGGAAAGAAUACGUGGCUGCCUUCGUCAACUACGCCUUCAACAAAUCAGUGGAGGGCGUGUUUGAGGCGUUCAAGAGAGGAUUUUUCAAAGUGUGUGACAUGGACGUGGUGGACUCGUUUCAGCCCGAGGAGUUACAGGAAGUGAUGGUGGGCCAGGACGUCUACGACUGGCACAUGUUCAAACAGAACACAAUAUAUGAAGGAGAGUACCAUGCCGGGCAUCCAACGAUCAUCACCUUCUGGGAGGUGUUUGACAACCUAAAAGAAGAGGAAAAGAAAAAAGUAUUUUUGUUCGUCACAGGCUGUGCCCGCGUGCCCUACGUCGGUAUGAAAAGCAUCAGCAUGAGAGUCGCCGUCUUGCCCGAUGCCUAUGAAGUCCAUAUGCCAGAAGCUCUCAUCUGCCAUUACCUGUUGUUACUGCCCAACUACCAGAGAUACCCUGUUGACAGGACGAUGCGCACAAAGCUUCUUGAGGCUAUUAAUGACAAGAAUGGCUUCUCAAAGAAAGAAUAUCGUUGACCCCAAUGAAAGUUGACCGUUAGUUAGUUCCAGGCUUACUUGCAACUAGUCUUUUAUUUUAAGCCGUGACCUAAGUUGCAACUUUACAUCAGUAGUAGGAUUUUCAGAAUUCAGGGGUUCCCACACCUUAGUCGAGAUCAAAUUAAAGCACUUUCCAGGACAUAUUGGCCAAGUGAUUCAAACACUUUCUAUCAUCCAUGUCUAUUUUUCAAAACCUUCAAGGGCCUUGAAUUUUUUUUUUCUCCAAAUUCACAAACCAAGGAUUCUAAGGACCCGUGGGAACCCUGAUUUUUGUAUAAAAUAAUCAUGUUUUAAAUAUAACCCUGCCUGUAAAGGGUAAAACUGCGUUUGUUUUUCCACAGCUGAAAAUAACUCACCAAUGGUUAGAAACUCUGAAAAGAAUCUCUUCUACUAGAAUACUCAGCUGUUAGACCACUGCCUUUGCUUUCAGUCACAGCGACAUCUCACUACCCUUGUAGACAUCGUCAGCAUUAAGUUGUGUUGCUGUGCACGUUUAUUUUUCUGCCAUCGUACCAUAACCACCAAACAAUAAAUGUUCUUUCUGUCCAGUUAAA